AUGAUCCUGUCCGGUGGUACCCAUGAUGAACCGGUCGGGUCUCAAUCCGAUCAUCAGAACAGGGCGAAACGGGAAGACGAGAGCGCAAUCUAUUUAUGCAUCGAUGGUGGAGGAACGAAGACGAAUGUGUCGAUAGCUGGAAGGCUUGCGGGUGAUGGAAAUGGAAAGCUCAGGAUCCUAAGUCAAGGGCAACACCGCUCCUCGAACUACACGGGUGUCGGCCUAGAGCAGGCGAUACUAUCGAUUGGAGACGCGACGAUCGCAGCGCUCCGUUCGUUACCCGCAGGAGGGGCACUGACCCAAGCACGGAGCUGGACGUACGAUGGCUUCCAGAGCAACGGGUGCGCGUCCCGACCGGCACCUUUCGCAAGGAUCUGGGCCGGCUUAAGCGGGGUCGAUGGGCCGGAAGACCAUCGGCUCGUCUAUGCCGGCCUGGCUAACCUCUUCGGUCUCACCCCUUUUCUCGCACGCGAUCCCGACGACCAGGCCACCCCGAGACUCAAAGUCACUAACGAUUGCGACCUCCUAUGUAGCGCCAUAGAAACCGUAUACAAGGUCCAUAAAUUCUCGCCCGAUACUCCCUGUUUGGGCGGCAUAGUCUUGAUUGCUGGCACCGGAAGUAUCGCAACUGCGUUUGGACCAUCAUCCAAGGCCACCCAAAGCCCAGACCACCACGCAGAGACUCUCGAACCCCUGGGUAGGCUAGGCGGCUAUGGAUACUUGCUUGGCGACGAAGGCUCAUCGUAUUACGUUGGACAACAGACCAUCAAGAUGCUUUUGGCCUUCUUCGAUUGUCAUCAAGAGCCCAGAAAAUCCUCGAUGGAUCUCGAGAGUGAUCCAACCCCGCCCAGACGAAAGCCGCUGGGAAUGGACGAUCAGGCGCUCGAACGCUCGAGCUUACUGGCCCCAGUCAUGGCCCAUUUCGAGAUCGACCGUCUAGAAAACCUGCUUGCCUCGGUAUAUUCGAUCACCAGCGAGCACGAGCGAAAGCUGAAGAUAGCUGAGCUGUCGCGUCUAGUGAUGAGAGCGGCGUUCGACGAGCAACAACCGGACCGGUUCGCGCGGAGGAUACUGGAGCGAGCGGGCGAACGAUUGAGCGAGUUGGUCUGUGAUCUGUGUGCACUCUACGAUCUCAAGCCUGAGCAGAUGGUCCUCUGCUUGGGUGGUGGGAUGUGGUCUUACACCCAAUUCAGAGACCUCGUCCUCCAGACUAUGCGCCUCAAGUGGAACGCCAAUUGGGGCUGGGUUGAAACUGUCCAUCAACCUGACCAAGUGGCUGCCGUUUCUCUGGUUUAG